AGAGGCGGGGGAGAGGGGGUUACGUAGUGACGUUAAUUCUAUAUGAGCGCGAGCGGCGGGAGCUUGGGUCUUUUUACCGCCGGCUGCGAGACGUUUCUUCCUCAAUCCUGAGUCACUGCGAGACCCGGCCUCGCGCAGAGGUUUGCUGAGGUCUGGAAAUAUGGCAGACAUUGACAACAAAGAACAGGCUGAGCUUGACCAGCAAGAUAUGGAAGAUGUUGAAGAAGUAGAAGAAGAAGAAUCUGGUGAGGAUGCUAACAGUAAAGCACGCCAACUAACUGUACAAAUGAUGCAGAAUCCUCAGAUUCUUGCAGCCCUCCAGGAAAGGCUUGAUGGCUUGGUGGGAACACCUACAGGAUAUAUAGAAAGCUUGCCUAAAGUAGUUAAAAGACGAGUAAAUGCACUCAAGAAUCUUCAAGUUAAAUGUGCACAGAUAGAAGCAAAGUUUUAUGAAGAAGUUCAUGAAUUGGAAAGGAAAUAUGCUACUCUUUAUCAGCCCUUAUUUGACAAGAGAAGUGAAAUAAUCAAUGCUGUUUAUGAACCUACUGAAGAAGAAUGUGAGUGGAAAACAGACACGGAAGAAGAAAUUUCAGAGGAAAUGAAAGAGAAGGCCAAGCUUGAAGAGGAGAAAAAAGAUCAAGAAAAAGAUGAUCCUAAAGGAAUUCCUGAAUUUUGGCUGACAGUAUUCAAGAAUGUCGAUUUACUCAGUGAUAUGGUUCAGGAACAUGAUGAACCUAUCCUGAAGCAUUUAAAAGAUAUUAAAGUGAAGUUUUCAGAAGCCGGAGAACCUAUGACUUUUACUUUAGAAUUCCACUUUGAACCUAAUGAAUUUUUCACAAAUGAAGUAGUAACAAAAACAUACAGAAUGAGGUCAGAACCUGAUGAUUCUGAUCCUUUCUCCUUCGAUGGACCAGAAAUUAUGGGUUGCAUAGGGUGCCAAAUAGACUGGAAAAAGGGGAAAAAUGUUACUUUGAAAACUAUAAAGAAGAAACAAAAGCACAAGGGGCGUGGAACAGUUAGAACAGUGACAAAAACAGUUUCCAAUGAUUCCUUCUUCAAUUUUUUCAGUCCUCCAGAAGUUCCUGAAAGUGGAGACUUGGAUGAUGAUGCUGAAGCAAUUCUUGCAGCUGAUUUUGAAAUUGGCCAUUUUCUACGGGAGCGCAUAGUUCCACGAUCAGUAUUGUAUUUUACAGGAGAAGCCAUUGAAGAUGAUGACGAUGAUUAUGAUGAAGAAGGUGAGGAAGCUGAUGAUGAGGAAGGGGAAGAAGAAGCAGAUGAAGAAAAUGAUCCAGAUUAUGAUCCAAAGAAGGAUCAAAACCCAGCAGAAUGCAAGCAGCAGUGAAACAGUGUGUAUGUGGCCUUGAGGAUUAUCUGCACUGUAAUAGCCUAAAUACAACUAUUAGUUACUUACAGCCUUAUGUUUUGUAUCUUGGUAGAAUUAAGUAAACAUUUUGUUAAAACAAACUGACAGAACCGGUUUAAAAUGUAGGUUCCUUGUACCUAGCAUUUUAAUAGUACUUUUCUGCCGAUAUGUAGAAUGCAGUAAAUCCUAAAGCAUGAAUUGUUAAUUCAUUGCUAUAUAUAGUUUGGUUCUAGUGAAGUCUGUUGUCAUGUAGCUAUUAGACUGCAGCUGUGAAGAUAUCAGAACUCUUGACGGAGACCACUAUUUGUUUAGAAAAGAUCCUUUCCCAGAGAACCAACCAAAGUAUUUUUGGCCCAGUAGUUUAAAUGGGUUUAAUUCUGCUUGCACUGGCUGUGCCUUCAUUACUUUGUCAUAGAAAUAGCAGUGACUUGUACUAAUUAGGAAAUGACAUACGUUUCAAAUUUCAUAACUUCCAUAUAAACUGUUAAUUUCCAUCAAGACCACAUUGAAUGUUCAUAAUUGUUUGCUUGUUUAUGCUCUAGGUUUUUGUAUUCUGUGAUGGUGACCUACAAAAAAUCUCUAGAAACAUCAUAUUAAGAUUGUUUAUCACUGGGAUGUGAAUAAACCUAGUAUUUUCAGAAACUAGUUGUACUUGUGUGUACAUUUUAAAAUCUUGUAAGCAACCAAAGUUGUGAGAAACAUUUACUGUUGGAAGCAAUCUUUACAUAUAUACAUAUGUCAAAUGCUGUAUUUCUGCAUAAAUUCAUUUCAUUAGGUCUUGCAUUUUGCAUAAAUGUUGUGUUUUGACAAUAUUGUAUCUUGAUUCAGUCACUUGCACCUAUGCCCUCCUCACAGCAAGGUGGAGAAUUUUCUCAACCAAUCUUAUAGUCAUAACUGCUCGCCAUUAAUAUAUUGCCUUAGGCUAUUAAAAAUUAGUUUAGCAAUAAGUCACCUUUACAGCUCUAACCUUAAAGCUGCUUUCUGCAGUCUGAUUAUAUCUAGGUGUCAAACUGCUGCCAGUUUCCAAUCAAUAUUGUCAUGUUAGAUGAAAAGUCUAAUAAUGCAACACAUUGGGACAGCAUUAACAUGAUUCUUGAGUGAUGCCUAGAAGGAACUUGAUUUCUUAAAAUAAUUUGUUCUCUUUCAGAUCUUCUAAUUUUACUGAUUUUAUAAAAAUGUGUCAUUAUUGCCUUGUUUGUGAAACCAAUGAUAACCAUUUUUUUCCUAAAAAGAAUGAUCCGUACUUGACUAUUUGGCGUAAAUAAUAAUCUUUAGUCAAACCACUUUUCUAAUAGACCUAAAUCAACACUCAAAUGACAGAAUUGAAGAAAGGCAGAAUUUGGAAUGAUUUGUAAAAAUUGGUGGUACUGUAGAAUGACCCAAUUACAGAAAAAGCAAUGAUUAUGUUCUGUAGCAGUAUCUUUGUAUCUAUAGGAACCUAGGAUUUACAUUGCUGAAAUUCAUGGCAUUCAGUUAAAAAUAAUAAAAUACACAUGAAACUCCUAGUUGUAGAAAAGUUAGCUGUCCUGCAUAUCUGUUUUGAAUGUAAACAGAUUUGGAGAGGAACUUUGUUUCUGGAGAAGCAUUGGAUAGGUAAGCCAUUGCUCAUAAAAUAAUACCUGGUUAGUUGUUAAAACACAGUUUCAUAAUUUAUUCAAGCUGAUAGAAAAAGAGUACUAGUUUUUAUUUCUCUGAAAAUCUGUAUGGCCCAAAUUUGACUUAUAACUGGUUGUUUUAUAUGGAGACUGGUAUUGAUGAAAGUAAGUCUUAACAAUGACAACAUUGUAACAAUAAAAAUGACUUUCAUGGCAAGUGUUGAAACAAUGUACAGUACAUUAGAAUUUCUGUGUCAAAACUAUACUAUCAAUAAUAAUGACUUGCCUUUCUUGGGGAUUUUGUUAUCUUCUGGAAUUUUUUGUUUUCAAUUUCCUAGGAUCUGGAUUUGUUAUUGCUAUCCUACCCAAGUACUGAUUAUCCAGUUUUGUGGCAUUUUGGUGAAUGCUCUGGAAAUUUAAGAUCUUAUUUUAUACUUUUGAUUGCAAUGCCAUUGAUAGAAAUCAUCUAGAAACUGUUAGAAGAAAUUAUAGAAAUUUCUUGGGUUCAGAUAAUGGGAUCACAGGAUAUAAUAUGUUUUAUUAACACAUCUGUGGAACACUUAAGGUUAUUGAGAAAACAAAUGUCUUCCCAUUCUGACAUGUAUGGGAGGAAUGAUUAAAAAAAAUUAGCAGAUUUUUUUAUCUUUGGCAAUAAACUUGAAAACG